AUGGCAUCAAAUUUUCUCUCACCAUACAGCUUUCUCUUCUCUCUUCUCCUCCUCUUCUCAACUGCAUCCUCAUCAAAGACAUCAUCUUUAACCGCGGACUUAUCGCCAAUCACACAAGCAGAGAAGCUCAUUAAAGGGCUCAACUUGCACCCCAAAGAAGCUGUUAAUAUUAGAACUGGAGAUAAAGAUUUCUCUUCAUUGGCUUCUGAUGGGAAGAUCGCCGAGAGGCGCUUGGAGCUCCCAGUUCUCGGCGAUUCCGGGUCGUCCAUUCAGGACCUCGGUCACCAUGCUGGGUAUUACCGGCUUCCACACUCCCAUGCUGCAGAGUUGUUCUACUUCUUCUUCGAAUCACGGAACAGCGCAAAUGACCCGGUGGUGAUAUGGUUAACCGGAGGGCCUGGUUGUAGCAGUGAAUUGGCAUUGUUCUAUGAGAAUGGCCCUUUCCAUAUUGCCAACAACUUGUCUCUUGUGUGGAAUGAUUACGGUUGGGACAAGGUGUCGAAUAUCAUCUUCGUCGACCAGCCUACUGGAACCGGUUUCAGCUACUCCUCUGAUGAGAGCGACAUCCGGCAUGAUGAGCAGGGUGUCAGCAAUGACUUGUACGACUUCUCGCAGGCCUUCUUUGCAGCACAUCCUCAACUUGUUAAGAAUGAUUUUUACAUAACCGGAGAAUCAUAUGCUGGGCACUACAUUCCCGCUUUUGCUGCUCGUGUUCAGCAAGGGAACAAGGCAAAGGAAGGAAUUCACAUAAACCUGAAGGGGUUUGCAAUUGGCAAUGGCCUAACCAAUCCUGAGAUCCAGUAUGGAGCUUACACAGAUUAUGCUCUAGACAUGAAGUUAAUCACGCAGUCCGAUCACGACAGCAUUGACACACUUUUCCCAAAAUGCAAACAGGCGAUUCAACAGUGUGCAACCAAGGGCGGAGACGAGUGUGAGAUUGCAUUUACCGAUUGCCACAUUAUUUUCACUAUGAUCAAGGAGUUUAUCGGGAACACCAAUUACUAUGAUAUACGAAAGAGCUGCAAGGGUUCCCUGUGCUACGAUUUCUCAAACAUGGAGACAUUCCUGAACCAAAAGACAGUGCGAGAUGCCUUAGGGGUUGGGGAUACAGGGUUUGUGUCGUGCAGCAGCACCGUGUAUAAUGCAAUGCUCCAGGAUUGGAUGAAGAAUCUCGAAGCGGGUAUACCUGCCCUUCUUGAGGACGGGCUGAAGGUGCUCAUUUAUGCCGGUGAAUAUGAUCUCAUCUGUAAUUGGCUUGGAAACUCCAACUGGGUUCAUUCCAUGGAGUGGUCUGGUCAAAAGCAGUUUGGGACAUCUCCUACUGUUCCAUUUGUCGUUGAUGGUGCCAAGGCAGGAUUGGUGAAAAGCCAUGGACCACUUACUUUCUUGAAGGUUCAUAAUGCUGGGCACUUGGUUCCAAUGGAUCAGCCGAAAGCUGCUCUACAAAUGCUAAAGAGCUGGAUGGCAGGCAGAGUCGCCAUGGCUGGUGCAAAUAGCGAGAUUGUUACUUAA